AUGAUUGCGGAGGUUAUGCUAAACCGAAUCCCACUCAUGAUCGGAGAUUUGCCGUGCUUGCUCAUUGUGAUGUCCCUUUACGUGGCGGUCAAUGCGUCCGCCACAUUUUGCUGGUUUGUCGUAUACACUGGGGUGAUCACAUACACGAGUGCGGCGACGGCCGCGUGGCUGAUACUGGCUAUCUCAAUAGGUUGCAUCACGUUUUUGGGCCUGCUCCAGUGGAAGCGCAAGCAGUUAUCAGGGCGCAUUGAAGUCUCUGGGCUGGUAUUGCAGUCGGACGGGCCGAACGGAAGCUCCGUCUCCUCCUCCCAUGCAUGA